AUGGUGGGACCUCCAUCCUCCCUCCUUCAUCCCUCCUUCAUCCCUCCUUCAUCCCUCCAUCCUCCCUCCUUCAUCCCUCCUUCAUCCCUCCAUCCUCCCUCCUUCAUCCCUCCUUCAUCCCUCCAUCCUCCCUCCUUCAUCCCUCCAUCAUCCCUCCUUCAUCCCUCCUUCAUCCCUCCAUCCUCCCUCCUUCAUCCCUCCUUCAUCCCUCCAUCCUCCCUCCUUCAUCCCUCCUUCAUCCCUCCAUCCUCCCUCCUUCAUCCCUCCAUCCUCCCUCCUUCAUCCCUCCUUCAUCCUCCAUCAUCCUCCUUCAUCCCUCCUUCAUCCCUCCAUCUCCCUCCUUCAUCCCUCCUUCAUCCCUCCAUCAUCCCUCCUCAUCCCUCUCAUCCUCCAUCCUCCUCCUUCAUCCCUCCUUCUCCCUCCUCAUCCUCCUUCAUCCCUCCUUCAUCCCUCCAUCCUCAUCCUUCAUCCUCCUUCAUCCCUCCAUCAUCCCUCCUCAUCCCUCCUCCAUCAACAUCCUCCCUCCUUCAUCCCCUCCAUCCUCCCUCCAUCCAUCCCUCCUUCAUCCCUCCUUCAUCCUCCAUCCUCCCUCCUUCAUCCCUCCAUCCUCCCUCCUCCUCCUCCUUCAUCCCUCCUCAUCCCUCCCAUCCCUCCUUCAUCCCUCCACCUCCCUCCUUCAACUCCUCCUUCAUCCCUCCAUCCUCCUCCUCAUCCUUCCAUCCUCCCGCCUUCACCCAUCCAUCAUCCCUCCUCAUCCCUCCUCUCCUCCCUCCUCCAUCCUCUCCUCCUUCAUCCCUCCAUCCUCCCUCCGUCAUCCCUCCGGCAUCCCAGCCUCCUCCCUACCUUCAUCCCUCCGGCUCCCUCGCUCCUCUCAUCAUCCUCCCUAUCCCCUCAUCCUCCCUUCCGCCUUCAUCCCUCCUUCACCCUCCAUCCUCCCUCCUUCAUCCUCUCCUCUUCCUCCUGCAUCCCUCCAUCCCUCCCUCCUUCUCCCUCCAUCCUCCUCCUUCAUCCCUCCUGCAUCCUCCCUCAUCCUCUCCUUCAUCCCUCCUUCUCCCUCCAUCAUACCCUCCUUCAUCCUCUCCAUCCUCCCUCCUUAAUCCCUCCGUCAUCCCUCCAUCCUCCCUCCCGCAAUCAUCCCUCCUUCAAUCCCUCCAUCCUCCCUCCUUCAUCCCUCCUUCAUCCUCCAUCUCCUCCUUCAUCACUACUCAUCCCUCCAUCAUCCCUCCUUUCUAUAAGCACUUUCCAUCAUCCCUCCUUCAUCCCUCCAUCCGCCCUUGCCGUCAUCCCUCCUUUGUCAGCUCAUCCAAUCCCAUCCUCUGCAUCCCUCCUUCAUUCCACUCCGUCCUCCCUCCAUCAUCCCUCCGUCAUCCCUCCAUCAUCCCGUCCUUCAUCCCUCAUCAUCCCUCCUUUCAUCCUCUCUUCAUCCCUCCUGUCUAUCCUACUUCAUCCCUCCUAAUCCCCUUCCUUCAUCCCUACUUCCCCUCCAUCCUCCCUCCUUCAUCCCUCCAUCCAUCCCUCCUUCAUCACUCCAUCCCUCCUUCAUCCCUCCUUCAUCCUCAUCCUACCUCCAUCCCACAUCAUCCCUCCUUCAUCCCUCCUCCCCCUCCUUCAUCCCUCCUUCCUCCAUCCUUCAUCCCUCCUUCAUCCUCUCCAUCCUCCCUCCUUCAUCCCUCCUUCAUCCCUCCAUCCUCCCUCCUUCAUCCCCUCCAUCAUCCCUCCUUCAAUCCCUCCUUCAUCCCUCCUUCAUCCUCCUUCAUCCCUCCUUCAUCCCUCCAUCCUCCCUCCAUCCUCCCUCCUUCAUCCUCCUCAUCCCUCCUUCAUCCCUCCAUCCUCCCCUCCUUCAUCCCUCCAUCAUCCAUCCAGCAUCCCUCCUUCAUCCCUCCAUCCAUCCCUCCUUCAUCCCUCCUUCAUCCCUCCUCCUCCCUCCUUCAUCCCUCCAUCCUCCCUCCUUCAUCCCUCCAUCAUCCCCUCCUUCAUUCCCUCCAUACAUCCCUCCUUCAUCCCUCCAUCAUCCUCCUUCAUCCCUCCUCAUCCCCUCCUUCAUCCCUCCUUCCUCCCUCCAUCCUCCCCUCCUUCAUCCCUCCUUCAUCCCUCUUCAUCCCUCCAUUCAUCCCUCCAUCAUCCCUCCAUCAUCCCUCCAUCCUCCCUCCUUCAUCCCUCCAUCCUCCCUCCUUCAUCCCUCCAUCAUCCCUCCUUCAUCCCUCCUUCAUCCCCUCCAUCAUCCCUCCCAUCAUCCCUCCUUCAUCCCUCCAUCCUCCCUCCAUCAUCCCUCCUUAUCCCUCCUCAUCCCUCCAUCAUCCCUCCUUCAUCCCUCCUUCAUCCCUCCAUCAUCCCUCCAUCAUCCCUCCUCAUCCCUCCAUUCAUCCCUCAUCCAUCCUCCCUCCUUCAUCCCUCCAUCCUCCCUCCUUCAUCCCUCCUUCAUCCCUCCUUCAUCCCUCCUUCAUCCCUCCAUCAUCCUCCACAUCCGCCUUCAUCCCUCCAUCAUCCCAUCCAUCAUCCCUCCUUCAUCCCUCCUUCAUCCCUCCCUUCAUCCCUCCAUUCAUCCCUCCUUCAUCCCUCCUUCAUCCCUCCAUCAUCCCUCCAUCAUCCCUCCAUCAUCCCUCCAUCCUCCCUCCUUCAUCCCUCCAUCCUCCCUCCUUCAUCCCUCCAUCAUCCCCUCCUUCAUCCCUCCUUCCUCCCUCCUUCCAUCCCUCCUUCAGUCCCUCCUUCCUCCCUCCUCAUCCCUCCUUCAUCCCUCCAUCCCCUCCAUCAUCCCUCCUUCAUCCCUCCUUCAUCCCUCCUUCAUCCUCCUUCAUCCCUCCAUCCUCCCUCCUUCAUCCCUCCAUCCUCCCUCCUUUCAUCUCCUCCAUCAUCCACCUCUCAUCCAUAAUCCCUCCUCAUCCCCCGGCCCCAUCUUCGCCCUUCCCAUCCCCUCCCCCACGCUUCCAUCCCUCCAUCAUCCCUCCUCCUCCACCCUCAUCCCUCCUUCAUUUCCCCUCCAUCCUCCCUCCUUCAUCCCUCCUUCAUCCCCUCCAUCCUCCCUCCUUCAUCCCUCCUCAUCCCUCCUUCAUCCUCCAUCAUCCCUCCAUCCUCCCUCCAUCAUCCCUCCAUCAUCCCUCCUUCAUCCCUCCAUCCUCCCUCCUUCAUCCCUCCAUCAUCCCUCCAUUCAUCCCUCCCUCAUCCCUCCAUCAUCCCUCCUCUCCCUCCUUCAUCCCUCCAUCAUCCCUCCAUCAACCCUCCUUCAUCCCUCCUCAUCCCUCCUUCAUCCCUCCAUCAUCCCUCCUUCAUCCCUCCUUCAUCCCCCAUCAUCCCUCCUUCAUCCCUCCUCAUCCCUCCAUCCUCCCUCCAUCAAUCCCUCUUCAUCCCUCCAUCCUCCCUCCCAUCAUCCCUCCUUCAUCCCUCCUUCAUCCCUCCAUCCUCCCUCCUUCAUCCCUCCUUCAUCCCUCCAUCAUCCCUCCUUCAUCCCUCCAUAUCCUUCCAUCAUCCCUCCUAUCCUCCUUCAUCCCUCCUUCAUCCCUCCUUCAUCCCUCCAUCCUCUCCUCCUUCAUCCCUCACUUCAUCCCUCCAUCAUCCCUCCUCAUCCCUCCUUCAUCCCUCCAUCAUCCCUCCAUCAUCCCUCCUUCAUCCUCCUUCAUCCCUCCUUCAUCCCUCCUUCAUCCCUCCUUCAUCCCUCCAUCCUCCCUCCUUCAUCCCUCCUUCAUCCCUCCAUCCUCCCUCCUUCAUCCCUCCUUCAUCCCUCCUUCAUCCCUCCUUCAUCCCUCCUUCAUCCCUCAUCCCUCCUCAUCCCUCCUUCAUCCCUCCUUCAUCCCUCCUCAUCCCUCCUUCAUCCCUCCUUCAUCCUCCAUCAUCCCUCCCUUCAUCCCUCCUUCAUCCCUCCAUCCUCCAUCCCUCCUUCAUCCCUCCAUCAUCCCUCCUUCAUCCCUCCUUCAUCCCUCCUUCAUCCCUCCAUCAUCCUCCAUCAUCCCUCCAUCCCCCCUCCUUCAUCCCUCCUUCAUCCCUCCUUCAUCCCUCCUUCAUCCCUCCUUCAUCCCUCCUUCAUCCCUCCUUCAUCCCUCCUUCAUCCCUCCUUCAUCCCUCCAUCAUCCCUCCUUCAUCCCUCCUUCAUCCCUCCUUCAUUCCCUCCUUCAUCCCUCCAUCAUCCCUCCUUCAUCCCUCCUUCAUCCCUCCAUCAUCCCUCCUUCAUCCCUCCAUCAUCCCUCCUUCAUCCCUCCUUCAUCCCUCCUUCAUCCUCCUUCAUCCCUCCAUCAUCCCUCCUUCAUCCCUCCUUCAUCCCUCCUUCAUCCCUCCUUCAUCCCUCCAUCAUCCCUCCUUCAUCCCUCCUUCAUCCCUCCUUCAUCCCUCCUUCAUCCCUCCUUCAUCCCUCCAUCAUCCCUCCUUCAUCCCUCCUUCAUCCCUCCUUCAUCCCUCCUUCAUCCCUCCUUCAGGGGUUGGACUCACUUAAACUUGAGUUCUCGUGUGAGUUGGUUCUGA